CGCUUUUAGUUUAGCGUCACACACAUACACUCUCUCACGCACGCACACAUACAAACAAGUACACACAUGCACCCACACUUAUUAGAUAACGACUGGAGCGAGAGCAGAAUACGUUUUUAAGCUCCAAGAUAAGGCGCACGGCGUGGAGCACCUCUGUACCUCGCGGGGGGCUCGAGGAGGCCAUGGAUCAUAUUGGAGCGCAUCUCCAGCACACUCACGCGGAGCCCAUCAGCUUUGGGAUCGACCACAUCCUCAACAAUGUGGAUCAGAGCUGGAUGCCCGAGUCGGACUAUGGACUCGGCUGCGUUGUCAGCACUGCCUACAACACCAUGACGGGUAACUUCACCGGCAACAACUCUGGAUAUAACAGCAACGCAUAUGGGGUAACCAAUCUGAGCGGCACCUAUAACAUGAACAUGGGGAUGAACGUCAGUGGGAAUAACGUUAACGCGGCUGGAGUCAUCCGUGUGCCCGCGCACCGGCCUCUGAACAGUGGACACUCGUCCAUCCCCGGUGGUAUGUCCACGAUACCAGGCUCGAUUAACAACUUGACGGGAUUUACCUUCCCUUGGAUGGAGAGCAACAGAAGAUACACCAAAGACAGGUUCACAGUGGCGCUUUCACCCCUCACUGUAACACGCCGUGUAGGUCACCCGUACCAGAACCGAACGCCCCCAAAGAAGAAAAAGCCUCGGACGUCUUUUACCCGCCUGCAGAUCUGCGAGCUGGAGAAACGCUUUCACCGACAGAAGUACCUGGCUUCCGCAGAGCGAGCGGCUUUGGCUAAGGCCCUCAAGAUGACUGACGCGCAAGUCAAAACAUGGUUCCAGAACAGAAGAACAAAAUGGAGGCGCCAGACAGCGGAGGAGAGAGAAGCAGAGCGACAGCAAGCCAACCGGAUCCUCAUGCAACUCCAACAGGAGGCUUUUCAGAAAACGAUAAACCAACCGGCAAACCCGGACCCGCUCUGCCUGCAUAACAGCUCCCUGUUUGCGCUUCAGAACCUCCAGCCCUGGACUGAAAACACCGCCAAAAUCAGCAGCGUGUCCGCCUGCGAAUAACAAACUCUGACCGCUUUUAUUUUCCCUCUUUAAAGGUUAAAGGGAUUGUAGUAAUAUAGUGAACAACUUUUUAAGAUCAUGAAGAUGACUUGAAAAAAUAUGACUCACGAGGACCGGAUUUAUCUGACACUGCCUCGAAAAAAGUUUAGGUUGAUAGUGUCAGUGAACGCCACGACACGAGCUCAAUAGCAAUGGGCUUUUGAGUUUCAGUUUAUCUGCCUGUUUUUACGUGGUUUAAAUUCAGAAGAUUUUAUUUAACAUUUUCAGUAAAACAUAAUCCAGUCCUAAUUAUGGACUAAGCAUAUACCUUGAUAUAAGUCAACAAUAAGUGAGCACUUAUUUUAGCACUUUCUCUUACAGGAAAACGUAUAGAUAGAUAUUCAUACCUGAUAAUUUGAGGAACAGGCCUAAUUCAAGAAAAAUGUAUCGAUUCGGUGGCAUACAUUCAGUAGCCUAUCUGUGUCUCAUAACAAUGUUUAUGUUGAUAACAAUGGUUAUAAAUGAGGUUUUAGCAGUUGACUAGACGCAACCCCUUUCUCUCUGUGCAGGGAAGAAGCAGUGACAAUAUUUGACAAUUUACCAUCUCAUGAAGUUUCUCUCUUAUAAAUUAGUAAUUAUCUUUUACCUUUUACCACAUCACUCAAGCACUUAUUCAUUUGGAUGAAACUUUAUUGCAGUCUGCUAUUUACCUGGUAUUUGCUUAGAAAUAUUUUACUAAUUCUUUAUCCAAUAUUAGUUCUUGUUUUUAUCUUUCAAACAAGCAAGACGGUAGAAAUAUUAAUAUUGCCUUGAGUUUGUUGAAGUUAUUUUUUUUUUGGUAGGUACCGUAUCCAUUGUUACUAUUAGCCUAUAAUUUCUUAAUAAAACCAGGUAAACAGCUGAAUUAUGCCUGUAAAAAAAGGCGUUAUUUGUUCAAUUUUCUUGUACUUUAGGCUAUAGUCCUCUAAUAAUUUCAGUUCUGGUGAUCCAUUUAUACAUAUGACAGGCAAGAAUUAUAAGGCCAUAUAAAAUAUUUUUAAAUAAUUAAUACAGCAGUGUUGUGCUUUGUGUUUUUGUCAUAUUUUGUUUUAAACCAAUGGUCAUCAUGCAUUUUGGAGUGCAUGGAAGGAAUUACAUUGCUGUGUCUGGGAAAACUGAUGGCCAGAACUCGUAUAUCUGCCCUAUUAGUCAAUACCAGGCCUUUAUAAUGGUGUUUCCAGCAAGUGAUUGAUACUGGUUGCAUGAUAAUGAUGAAUGUGAAUCUACAUUAUGGAGUAUGUGGCUCUGUACUUGUGUGUUAGUGUAACACUCAUUGCAACUGUAAAGUGUGUGUGUGUGAUGCUGAUCUUAUGCAGCUGUGUGUGUGUGUGUGUGUGUGUGUGUAUAUGUGUGUGUGUGAGAGAGAGCGAGAGUGAGUGAGUUAGUCCAGGGCCUCUCUCCCCAUGGUCAAAAAGGAAUGUAGGGUAGAAUUUCCCCUUCUACUCAGAAAUAUCAGCACUGCAGCAUCACUUAAGUGGCUUUUCCAAAACUCCCGAAAUUCCUAAACCAAGCAAGCAUGCUGGCUUUCAGUUGUUUCAAAGCCCUCAAGGGAAAAAUGUGGUCAAAAUGGCAGAUAAGUUUCAAAGAAGUGAACAAGCACAGUGAGCGGCAGAUUAGAGUGAGGGUUUAGGCAACACCUUGCAUUUCUUUCCUGUCCUCAGUCUUCUCAAUUAAAAAAAAUCAGUAUUCUUAUUUGUUUUUUUGCAUUAAAUGAAAAUUAUUUAGGCUUGGUUUAUGCAAUCAAAUACAUGUCCUUUGUGCAUUUCAGAACUGUCUUAACAUGUUAUUGCAUUUCGACCAAGUGAGCAUUUACUGCUUGUUUUCUCUGCCACAAUUCCACCUUGUAACUACAAUCAAACAAUAUUAGUGACACAGCCACAAAUAUUCCUCAAUUCUUAUUUUGCUAUUAUUCUGCACCCUUUUUGUAACAUACUGUAUGAUGUAUGGAUAUUUCUAAACAUGUCCUCUAUUUGAUUUUAUUGGGCUUUGCUUCUCUAUAAUCUAUAAUGUUGCAAUGCAUUCAUCACUACACACUACCAAUGAGCGUUAACGCUGAGUUACAGCUUAGUCUCCUGUUUAUACUACAGUAAUGUAUAACUCAGCCACAGUGAGUCACUGAAGCCCAUGCAUUUUUCAUUCACCACCAGGGAAACAAAGCAGCAUAUCCUGAACAUCAUCAAUUAAGAAGUUAAAACAUAAAUUGCAAUAAACCGAUCUGUGUCAUGUCCUUCAUGAACAUUGCUACAGUUCAUUUGCAAUAAAUCCUAUUGAUUUAUGAAUAGGACUGUAUGAGUCAAAUUAGCUACAGUAUAAUCUCUUGUGUCUAGACCCAGAUUAAUCACUGUACCAUGUAAAGCCAUAAAUCAUUGUGUAGCCUAUGUCUCUGAAUUGAAAAUGUAUGAAUGGAGCAACGUUCUUUUUAAUUUCGAGCUGCAUGUAAAAUAAAUAGUUUAUUGCAGACGUUAUCCUGCAAUCAUUGUUUAAUCAUAGUCAUGAACAGAGUAGGGCAAUUUGUACGUUACAAAUUUGUAUUAAAUGAUUUUGUAUCA